CUUCUCUUCUGGGCAAGGGGCUGGAUAUUCUCUUCUCUUCGGAAAUAUUUACGUUAAAUCACUCAUUCUGCAUAGAGCGAUCGUUUGAUUUAUUUUACUUCAUUUCGUUCCAUAUUGCAUGUCAUCUUGGCUUGCUUUGCUUUGGCUGUGCUCUGCUUUGCAUUACAUAUCACGACUCAUCUGCCAUCCCCAUAUAAAACCCGCUGCCUCUGUUCAUCUAUCUGCCUAUAGAUACUACUACAUAACCCCAUAUAUCAGAUUAUACAUACACACAUCCAUCCAUCAUCCGCCCGCCAUGGAUCAGCACUCGCUCCCCUUCACCAGAUACAUCGCCGAGCUCGCCGUGCUCCGCGCCGCCGUCCUCACCAAGCGAUUCAUGACCCGCGUGUCCGGCAUCGCAAAGGACGACGCCUCGCCCGUCACCCUCGCCGACUUUGGCGCCCAGGCGCUCAUCAUGGCGGCCCUGCACGGCUUCUUCCCCCACGACGGCUUCGUCGGCGAGGAGGACGCCGCGGUGCUGCGGGCCAACGACAAGCUGCGGACGACGGUGUUCAAGCUGGCCAACGCCGUGAGCAGGGACUUCCGCGAGGUCGAGUGGCGCAGCGCCAACGCGCACUCGGUGGAUGCCACGCUGCCGGCGCUGGAGUCGGAGGAGCAGCUGCUGGAGCUGCUGGACCUCGCCGGCCGGGGGGCGACGGCGCCGAGGGGCCGGUUCUGGGUCAUGGAUCCGCUGGACGGCACGGCGGCGUUCCUCAGGGGCCAGCAGUACGCGGUGUCGCUGGCGCUGGUCGAGGACGGCCGCGAGGUGCUGGGCGUGGUGUGCUAUCCGAACCUGAGCCUCGAGUACGGCGGCGUUGUGUCCGAGAUUGCCACGGACCGGCUGGGCCACGGCAUCAUGCUGUCUGCGAUCCGCGGCGAGGGCGCCGAGUACCGGCGGCUGCCCCUGGACUACAGCCUCGGGCUGGGGGAGAUUCUCGGCCGCUUCACGGUGCCGGCCAAGUACGAGGACCUGCGGCUCGUCGACAGCACGGCCAGCAAGUCCAACCGCCUCGAUCUCGUGGAGGGGGUUGCGAGGCAGCUUGGCGCGGUGCCGUUCCCGGGCAUCGACAUCUACUCGUCGCAUGCGCGGUAUGCGGCCAUGAUGAUUGGCGAAGGGGAGGGGAGCCACGUCAUGAUUCGGAUCCCCGUGGGGAGAAAGGGCGAUCCUUCAAAAUCGUACAUCUGGGACCAUGCGGGCUCGCAGCUGGUGUACACGGAGAGAGGCGGCAAGAUUACGGAUUUGGAGGGCAAGGAUAUCGACUUUGGCGCUGGCAAGACGCUGGCGGCGAAUUGGGGGAUUGUUGCUGCGCCCGAGGUUGUCCACGAGAGGAUAUUGAGGCUGGUCCAGGAAUGGAUUGCCAGGGACGUCGAAAUGAAUGAUGUUUAUGAUCCGUGAGCAAUGAAGGCUGUUUAGGGGAUGUUGGAAAUGAAAUAUAUGAAUAAACGAAUGAUGACCUGGUUGCUAUUCAGAAAUGCUGUCCAUCUUUCCAUACUGAUUACAAUAACUAUUAUCUAUGCCGUCGUCAUUCUUCUAAUGCCAACUUUGGAAACCGAGAAAAUUUUCAAAUCAACAUGCCAUCUAUAUAUACAUGCACCCACUUUGUAUAUCCAUCCUAUUAUAUUGUACUAAAAAUUCGUCAGGCCGCACUCACAUCAAGCUGCUUCGGCCUCCAAUCUCCAUACUCCCCUGUCCAUCCUUCAUCUGCCCACUGCGGCCCACCACAAACUCGUGAUAGAUCUUCUGCAGCCUCGCCUUUUCCUGCGUGCCGAUACUCGCCCGCGUGCUGCCAAGGGCCUUGACGAGGUGAGCUCGUCCGACCACCACCUCUCUCUGGUCAGCCGACUCUUUGCCUUGGCCGUC